AAAUAUCAAAAUUACACAGUCCAAGAGUACAAAUAGUUCCCUUUUUCUUUUUUCCACUCAUCUACUACUGAAGGAUCCCAUAAUUAUCAUCCCGCCUAAUUUCCUUUUGAAAGCUUUGAUUCCCAGAAUUUCAAUCCGUGUAUGGUGUUAGGAGAAGCACCAAAAAAAAAAAAAUGGUUGGAAAACGAAAAGGCAAGAUUAUCAAGAGAAGAGUUAAAUUCAAAGAAAAAUGGAGAACCAAGAAAGAUGAAGGGGUUAGUCCACUUGUAAAGAAGUAUUGGGUCCAAAGAUAUGAUCUUUUUUUGAGAUAUGACCAAGGCAUUAAGAUGGAUGAAGAAGGUUGGUUUUCCGUUACACCAGAGAAGAUUGCCCUCAGGCAUGCCAGCCGCUGUGGCGGUGGUGUCGUCAUUGAUGGUUUUACUGGAGUUGGUGGCAAUGCUAUCCAGUUUGCCACUAUGUGUCAUCACGUCAUUGCUAUUGAUAUUGAUCCUAAAAAGAUCGCACUGGCUUUUGAAAAUGCAAAGAUAUAUGGUGUUGAAGAUCAUAUUGAAUUCAUUGUUGGAGACUUUUUCCAACUGGCCUCGUCCUUGAAGGGGAACGUAGUAUUUCUUUCACCACCAUGGGGAGGUCCGUCAUAUAGCACAAAGGAAUCUUUUACUCUUGACUUGCUGAAGCCAAAAAAUGGUUAUUCAUUAUUCCAAGUUGCUCAAAGCGUAGCUCCAAAUAUCAUUAUGUACUUGCCUCGUAAUGUUGACUUACUGCAAGUUGAAGAGCUCGCUUGGUUGUCUUCUCCCCCCUUGAAAGUCGAGAUGGAAGAGAAUAUGCUUCAUGGAAGGUUGAAGAGCAUAACUGCUUAUUUUGGUGACAUUGCAUUCUCAGACGUCAGCAUGUUUCAACUCUAACCAGAAUCGUUACUUCCAUGCAUCUCUUAAUCUAUCAAAGUUUUUAUUAAUACAAGAUUAGAACAGUAUGUACAUAUGGAUACUAGUGACCUCUAGUUUACCCUGCUGUUUAAAAACAUCAUGUUGCAAUGGUUUAAUGUUGUAUAGCUGACUAAUGAAGAUAAAGCUACAGAUUUGCUUUUUAGUGGAAAAAGAAGCAUAAAAAAGCGUUGGCUCCAAUUGUCAUUUUAAUGUACAAUAGUAGAUUUCUUUUUUCUGUGGCCUCA